AUGAACGAAUCUGCCGAGUUCAUCAAGAACGACGAUCACUGUUUGAAAACAUGUAUCCUUUACGAAGCUCUCGAGAAGAAACCCGUCUUCGAUGCCUAUAAAAGUUUCAGUGAUACUGUAGGAAAGGAUGCCAUGGAGUACACGGAUUUUGAAUUCUGGUAUUAUCGAUUUUUGCACAAGCAACAUGAUUUCAACUAUGAUCGGAAGACGGAUCCAGUGCCAAAAACUAUUAUGAAUAUGCCAGCUUCCUUGUUGUACAAGAUUACAGAGAACCUAGAUACUGUGGAAAGAACUUAUCUCCGAUCCAUGAACAAAUCUAUCAAAGCCGUUUCUGAUUCGCACCCACUGAGAUUCCAUAAAAUCGAUAUAUCAACAUACGAUACUUGGCUGACUUGGAGAUUGGAUAACAAAUCGUUUGGAUGCUAUCUGAAUGGCAAUGGCUGUUCUUUAAAGAUACCCAAUUUCCCAGAAAUCAAAAGUGACGAAUACUAUCUAAAAAAGGGACUGGAAUACUUGUCUCCAGUGCUGAAAAUGCCCAAUCUUGAAGUCAAUCAUCUUUCCUUGAAUAUCAAGAAAGAAUCUGCAUAUUUUGACGAUCUUCUACCAGUCCCAUUCCAUGCAAAACGCGUUUCCAUCAAUUCAUUCAGUAUCAACAAAUCUCUCGAACUAUUAACAGCAAUGAAUCCCGGAGAACUGGAGUCUAUUAACUUCAGUUCACUGGACACUUUCACAAGAGAAGAAAUUACAAAGUUUUUGGAUACUGAGCAAUUCCAACAGGCAAAGAAUGUACAAUCAAAUAUGUGUUUGAAUGAGGAUGAUCUAUUGAAAUUCAGUCAUUUGAAAAGUUUCGAAUGUGGGUUACCUUCACGAGUAGAUUUUCAGAGAAUUCGAGAUAUUAUUUCCACCUUCAAACAAUUUGAAUCUUGUGAGCUGAAACGUGCCAAUUACCUGAAUGAUUUUGACAUUCGAACUGUUGCUGAAGCACUUGCAGCAGAGAUUCCAUUUGGUCCAUUAGCUCAGAAGGAACGCUUAAUUAUUACUCAUCGUUAUCAAAUCCCAGAAUCCAACGAAUUCUUGGAAUUCAAGAUGGAAGAAAUGGGCUAUCACUGCUAUAUCAAAAUCGAUAAAAUUCGCUGA